UGCUUAAGUUCUUGGGAAUGUAUUUUUUAAAGGAAAAACUAAAACAAAAAAUUUAUUGGUUUGUAGUUAAUUUUCCACUUGUAUUUGUUAUCAACUUAGCCCAAACAAUCAACUUAUUUUAUUUGGGGUCCAAUUUAAAGGAUAUAGCUAGAUCUGGUUAUAUAGUAGCCAUAUGCUGUAUGGCAAGUAUUAAGUCAUUUUAUUUUUUUAAUCACAGGGAAUUACUUACAAGUAUGGAAAAUGAGUUAAAUAUUGACAAAUUUCAACCAACAGAUCACAAGGGUUAUAUAAUAGCUACAAAAACUUUACUUGCUUACAAGAUGAUAAAGAGAAUACUUUUCAUUUUAUGUUCAUUCGCUUUACUUGGAUGCUUGGCUAGGCCAAUGUUUAUUAAAGGAUCGGAGCAAAUACUGCCAAUGGCUUCUUGGUAAGUAUAAAGCAAUAUAUUAAAAAUGGGACACAAAAUAACUAAAAAUGUUUUCUUUAAAAAUAAGACAAACGAAACAUGCUUAGAUAAAAUAUUACUAGUUUCCAAAAUACGGGGUAUUAAAGUUAAUAAUUUAAAAAUGAUUAAUGGUAUAUUUAUUUUUAUUUCUCAGUAAAAUUUUACUAAAUUCGGUAGACUUUUUCAUAUACCUUUCAAUAAAACCACCAGUGGCAUACGGUAU